UUGGAGCGAAGGAGGAUGAGAAGUGACUAGAUGUAGGUGUACAGAGACCUUUACUAAGGGCAGAAAUGACUAAUGCAAGGAGCAUAAUUUAAGGAGGAAUGUAAGAGGGAGGGGUGUCGUUUACAGUGCAAUACGUAAAAAUUGCUACAAGUUACAAUAAAUGGUGUAAAUGAGAAAUGGGUCCGUGGAUCUGAUAAAGCUCGAGCGAUCGGUACCUGACUCCUAUUGGGUACUCUUCCAAUGGGUGGGACUAUAGGUGGGAAUCUUUGCACCCAUUGGAUACUAUCUCUGUGGGUAGAACGCCAGUUGAGGAGCUUGACUCCCAUUGGUUACCUUCGGCGCUGCCGUUUGUACUUGUUGCAGUGUGGAACGGUUGCCGGGAGACUAUCAACAGGGUGUUCGCAUUCCUGAUGAUGGAUGGUUAUCUCAGUUUGGAGCAGCUGUUUGCAGCUCUUCCUGCCCAGUGGGUCUGGAAGGAGGACACAAACAGGCUCGAGCUAGUCAGCUUGCAUUCAACAGCAGAAAGCAAAGGAAAGAAGUCACUUGCCAGAGUUCGAGCCAUCCUGGACCCGGUGAACGAAGCUCUGGAGAAAUCGAAGUAUGGUAUUUCCAGACGCAGUUUCUCCAUGAUGACCAAAACAGGAGGUGUCGGACAGAACCUGGCAAAGCUGUCAGAAUCCCAUAAACUGGAGCUUCGGCAGAACCAAUUUGUGACUCUUGAAGAUGUUAAAAACGCCGCUUUCAUCUUGCUGGGCGAAAAUGGUUUGCCAGAGGCACGGAAACGUUUUCGGCCGAUGUUAAGGACCCAGCAGUUAAAUGAAUUCCUCAUGGCCUUACUCAAUUACUUCUCUGUGUACCUGGGUGCCCUUGGACUGAACUCCAAGUCCAAAGAAUUGUUGAUGAAUGCUGGUAGUCCCGAGAGAGCGGAGGCGGGCUGGACCAAGGCGAGAAAGGAGCUGGCACAGAGGCACAUGGCAAGGACGUACUCCGCUCUGCUGCUGGGCUUGGACUCGGUCGAACUGCACCACAUGGCUUGUGGGAAGGCAAUGGGGUCAGCUACACACAAGGACAGGCAGCUGUAUGAGUGUCUCUAUGCCUACAGCAUCUAUGUGACCUGGGUGACGUUUGGAAGGAAAAACAUGGAUCUGAUCAGGGAUGAGAUCGGGCAACUCCUUCGCUCUGACAUCUUCAAUCCUGCACCGAAGGUGAAAGAUGAGGAGAUGCAGAAAGAACACAGGGGGUUUCCGUCGAAGCGCCCACCCAUCAGCUCCAUCGUCACUCAACGCUCGCCAGUGCUGAGAACCCUGCUGCAGAGCCCCAGGGAGAAAUCCGACUACCUCUUCAGGCAACACCCAGUGAAUCCAGGCUCCAGGAAUACCCAAGAGAAUGAGAGGGCCAGUGUCAUGGACAUGGACCCCAGCCCACCCCACCCGCUGGGCAUCAUUGGGGAACCCCUCAGCAAGUUCCUGCCAGACACACUGGUUCCAAUUGAAUCUCACCUAGAGGAAGAGAAGGAGGAUGAGGAGGAAGAGGAAGACCUGCCACAGAAGACCCUGCACUCCCUCAAUGGGCUGGGGGACCUCUCUUCGGGACCAGAGAGCUUUCAGAGUCACGCCAUGGUCAUAUCCAGGGCCACCACUGCUGCCGAGUCUGACCACAACCUCGUACACUAACCCAGAGAGAGAAAGCCUCUCCAACCUCACCUAUCAUCUCUACCUCAAGCCCUUUGAAUCCGUUCAAAAUAAAACUCUCAAUUGUCAGAUUGUGAUG